AGUAAGAGCGGACGUGCAUGAUGCUCAUCAAAGCCCAGUGGUACCAACACAUGAGAAGCGCCACUGUUCUCUCGAAUCACCGAGGCCCACUGUUGUCAACUCAUUGACCAAGCCUUCCUCCAUCAUUGCACCGCUCUUUAUUUUUUUUUUUUAAUCCCCCCCCCCCAAAAGGCUUUUACGCCCUUGCGGAGGGUUAAAGUUUGUCACUUCCGGGGGUGCCUCGGGGUGAAUUAGCCUCGAUGCUCCGUGCGGGUAGGAUGGAGGAGUUUGUCACGGAGGAAGAGGAGCCGUGGUACGACCAGCAUGACUUGGAGCAAGACUUACACUUGGCAGCGGAGCUCGGCAAAACCCUGUUGGAGCGGAACAAGGAGUUGGAGGAUUCCCUUCAGCAGAUGUACAUCAACAAUGAAGAGCAAGUGCAUGAAAUAGAGUACCUGUCCAAGCAGCUGGAGAUGCUACGGGAGAUGAACGAGCAGCACGCGAAGGUUUACGAGCAGCUGGAUGUGACCGCCCGAGAGUUGGAGAUCACCAAUGAGAAGCUGGUGCUGGAAAGCAAAGCAUCACAGCAGAAAAUAGACAGGUUGACUGGCACAAUGGAGACCUUGCAGGGUCAGGUGGAUAGUCUGACAGGUCGGGUAGAGGAGCUACGCACCUUGGAGGACCUGAGGGUCCUUCGCGAGAAGAAGGAGCGGCGCAAGACGAUCCACUCGUUUCCUUGCCUCAAAGAACUCUGCACUGCGCCAAGGUAUGAGGAUGGCUUCCUGUUGGCAAACCCCGGCAGCGUGGACCUCGCCGAGAGGGAACCGGCAGAGGAGGAGAACGAGCGCCUGAGGGACAUCGUGACGUCUCUGCGUGCGGCCAUGGCCGCAGAGCGCUCCAAGAGGGAGGGGGCAGAACGGGAGUGCGCCACCGUGCUGCAAGAGUUCGACCGCCUCGAGCAGCGUCUGCUCGGAGCCGAGGGCUGCCAGCUCCGAGUUCGCGAGCUUGAGGCGGAGCUCCAAGAGAUGCAGCAGCUGAGGAAGUCCAGGGCCUGCCUGAUGGAGGACGGCAUCGAGUCGAUGCUCGGCAACGGCCCCGAGACUGACACGGAUGAAACCUCCAUUCCGGACGCGGGAGGUGAAGGCGGCACCGGCGAACCGGGAGGCCCCGUGAGGAAAAGCUGCAGCGACACAGCCUUGAAUGUCGUCACGGUCCGAGAUCCACCGGGGAGGCGCCAGUCGGGUCGAAAACGAGGCAUGUCCAUCCUGAGCGAGGUAGAUGAGCAGUACCACGCCUUGCUGGAGAAGUACGAAGAGCUGCUGGGAAAGUGUCGGCGCGACGAGGAGAGUCUGUGCCACGCCGAGGUGCAGACGUCACGGCCCGUCUCCAGGGACCCUUCCUUGAAAGAGUACAGUAUGGCCUCCUUGGGGGCGGUGGCGGCCGCCUCCCCGCCCUCUCUCACCGACAUGCCGUCAACACCAGAAGCCUUGGAGGGCAUCAGCAGGCAGGUGGAGCAAGUGGAUAAACGUCUGAGUCAGAACACGCCCGAGUACAAAGCGCUCUUCAAGGAGAUCUUCUCCCGCUUGCAGAAGACCAAAAGCGACGUGACCGCCACCAAGGGUAGGAAAAGCGGCAAAUGAAAAUGUUUCAGCUCACUCGCCACUACAAAUGAGGAUAAGAUGGAUCCUUUCUAACAUGCUUGACUUUUCGUUGCUUCUACUAAGUUCUGAGGGUUUCUCAUUUGUGACUUGGAAACAAUGCAGAUUCUAUGGAUGUGGUGAAUAUGAUUACAUUUUCUGUUCCUUAAAAAUAAAAGCAUUUACCAAGUUUUUGUUUUCUGUAAAGAGGACAUGUUUUAAAUUCAACAUUUUAAUGUCAUCACAGGAGCUCAUUACAUCAGGCAGCAUGUAGCAAUUGACUGAUUCAAACCGCAACCAAACACCAGAAAGAUCUGAAUGAAGCUGCAAGUCUCCAUCAAUGUAUAUGGGUCCACUCGCCAUUACCAAUGUUCGGUGGGGGAUUUUUCUUAACAUAAAUUGAGUGUAUGCAUUUAGAAUAUGAGGGGCCGAUCAGAGAUGGGAAUAAUUAAUAAUAGUAGCAGGAAGCAUAUUUGCCUCCUGUAAACAUGCUUAAGCAUGCUAAAAAAAUAGUUUCAAUUUUUUCUACUUGUCCUGAGGGUUCAUGUUCAGAGGCCACACGGCAAUUAACAAGUUGUGUAAAAAAAAAAAAAAAAAAAAAAAAAAAAAAAAGCAUCAUGACAUGGACCAGACAUUUUGCCACAGCAUACCAGGG